AUGGCAACUGCACCAAUUCCUCGGAAGCUGUGGGAACAUCCUUCCCCGGCUUCAACAAACAUUGGUCGUUUCCGAGCCUCUCUGGAGAGUCACACUGGAAAAGCCUUCCCUACCUUCCAUGAGCUCCACAACUACUCCAUCCAGCACCGGGCUUCGUUCUGGGACUUCUGCUGGAAAUAUUUCCAGAUCAUACACGAGGGUUCGUACGAGGAAGUCGUGGAUGAAACAGCCCGGAUCGACGCCAUCCCCACCUGGUUCAAUGGUGUGCGGUUGAAUUUCGCAGAGAACAUACUCUUCUCCACUGACGAACGGGACCGUCUCCGCGGGAAAGAAGACGACAAGGUUGCUGUCGUCGAGGUGCGCGAGGGUGGCGCCGAUGGUGCGACCUAUGUGACCUGGAAGGAUAUACGCCAACGAACCGGACGCCUGGUCCAGGCACUGAAGGCUCAUGGCGUGAAGCGUGGAGACCGGAUCGCAGUCUGUGCGAGCAACAGCCUCGACACGUUGCUUGUCUUCCUGGCGACUACAGCUCUGGGAGCUAUUUUCUCUUCGAUGGCCACAGAUAUGGGGACCAAAGGGGUCCUUGACCGGCUGCUGCAGAUUAAGCCUGUUUGGCUGUUCAUGGAUGACUUCGCGGUGUACAGUGGGAAGAAGAUUGAUUUGCGAUUAAAGAUUGUGGAAGUUGUUAACGGCCUGGACGCAGUCGCUGAGUUCAAAGGAGUUGUCGCACUGCCCCGGUUCCCUUUCCGCCCUGCCGAUCUCAGCGGUGUCCUCAGAGCUUGCACGCUGGACGACUUCCUUGCUGCAGCGCCUCAUGAGCGCCUGGAGUUUGAACGGGUGCGAUUCCGCGACCCAUUCCUCGUGGUGUAUUCGUCUGGGACGACCGGGCAACCGAAAUGCAUCGUCCACUCGGUUGGCGGUGUCCUAUUAAACGCUCACAAAGAAGGUAGCCUUCAUCAAGAGAUGGGCCCAGACAGCGUGAUCCUGCAGUAUACAACCACAGGUUGGAUUAUGUACCUGGCCCAGGUCCAGGGUCUUGUAUUUGGAGCCCGUAUUAUCCUGUAUGACGGGAAUCCAUUCGUGCCGCAUAUUGCAAUGUUGAUCGAAUUGGCUGCAAAGGAGAGGGUCACGCAUCUCGGCAUCUCCCCACGAUACCUGUACGAACUGCAGCGACGCAAGAUCAGCCCCCGAGAAUUGGCAGACCUACGCUUCCUGCAGGUGGUGUCCAGCACGGGAAUGGUCCUGCCUGACGCCCUUUUCGAAUGGUUCUACGAUUACGGCUUCCCGUCACAUGUUCGUCUGAACAAUCUGUCCGGCGGCACGGACAUUGCGGGCUCCUUUGCCACCGGGAAUUCUCUGGUGCCAGUUCAUGUGGGCGGUUGCCCUGGAUUAGCCCUUGGCAUUCCAGUUGAAGUGUAUGAUCCGUCCAUCGGCAGGGACGGGGGCAAGGGUGUGCCCGUUGCCGAUGGUACGCCGGGGGAACUGGUGGCUACUGCUGCCUUCCCCAACAUGCCAGUUGGCUUCUGGGGCCAAGACGGUGACAAGCGUUACCACAAAGCUUACUUUGCUGAAUUUGACGGCGUCUGGACACAUGGCGACUUUGUCUCCAUCCAUCCCACCACGAAACAGCUGUUCUUCCAUGGCCGCGCGGAUGGCGUACUCAAUCCGUCCGGCGUACGAUUUGGCUCCUCGGAGAUCUACCAAGUUAUUGAAAGCGACUUUGUCCAUGAGGUGGAAGACUCGCUCUGUGUGGGCCAACGGAGGCCCUCUGAUAACGACGAAAGGGUAGUAUUGUUCCUCAAGCUGAAGCAGGGAGUCACGUUUACUGCGGAUCUCGUGAACAGAGUGAGAGCCGCUAUUCGGAAACGUCUGAGCGCACGUCAUGUUCCAUCUUAUAUUUUUCCUACUCCUGAAAUCCCAGUGACUGUCAACUUCAAGAAGGUCGAGCUGCCUGUGAAACAGAUUAUAUCUGGAAUACACGUCCAACCAUCCAGUACACUUUCAAAUCCUGAAUGUCUUAAGUAUUACUACCAGUUCUUUGACGUUGAGAAGAUGGCUACGAGGGACAGCAAACUUUGA